GGGAGAGAGACGGAGACAGAGGUAGAGUCAUAGGCAGAGGUAAAACACAGGCACGGUACGUAGUAGUUGUGUUGUAGCAGCGCUGGCAUCAGCAACUAUGAGAGGAGAUAAGUCCACGGGCUGAGCUAGGCUGGCUGGCUGGCUGGCAGCCGUUGUCACAUUCUUGGAGAGACAACACAACACGUCGGACGUCGAGAAGUCGCGGGACACUCCGUGUUACUGAAGAAAUAACUGGUUUACACAUUACGGAUUUUGGAUACACAGCGGCGGCGGCAGGAACAGGGCGAGUGUGUGAGUGGUUUGGCGGCAGGUCCCGCUGCUAGCGAAACAUGAACAAAAACCACCGAGUGCCGAGCAACCGUUCUCUGAGUGCCGUGGAGGUGAAGAGCAAGUUUGGUGCAGAGUUUCGUCGGUUCUCUCUGGAUCGGUCAAAGCCGGGCCGAUUUGACGAGUUCUAUGGCCUCCUGCAGCACGUGCAUCGCAUCCCCAACGUGGAGUUGUUGGUGGGCUACGCAGACGUGCACGGUGACCUGCUGCCCAUCAACAAUGAUGACAACUACCACAAGGCCAUCUCUACUGCCAGCCCUCUCCUCAGGCUGUUCCUACAGAGGAAAGAGGAAGCUGAUUACACAACGUUUGGCACCGACUCGCUGACCAGGAAGAAAAACACAGUGCUUUCUGCGGUUCUUCUGCGGCCUGACACCAACAGGAAAAAACCUCCGGUCAUUAUCAGCCUCCCUAAGGACUUUCGCCCCGUCUCCUCCAUCAUCGAUGUGGACAUCCUCCCUGAGACGCACCGACGUGUUCGCCUGUACAAGCACGGCCAGGAAAAACCACUGGGCUUCUACAUCCGCGAUGGCUCCAGUGUGCGGGUCACUCCGCAGGGCCUGGAGAAGGUCCCCGGGAUAUUCAUCUCUCGCAUGGUGCCUGGCGGGCUGGCGGAGAGCACCGGCCUGCUAGCAGUCAACGACGAGGUGCUGGAGGUGAAUGGUAUCGAGGUGGCUGGGAAGUCUCUGGACCAGGUGACGGACAUGAUGAUCGCCAACAGCCACAACCUCAUCAUCACCGUCAAGCCCGCCAACCAGCGGAACAAUGUUGUUCGCAGUGGAGGAGGCGGUGCGGCGUCUGGCAGCUCGGGACGCUCGUCAGACAGCGGCGCCAGCUUCUAUGGCUACUCAUCACAAGGUGGGGUCGGUGCCGCAGCCUCCAUGCCGUCGCACAUCAUCCAGAACUUCCCCGUUGGGGAACUGGAGAGCGACGAGGAAGAUGAGGACCUGGUGAUCGAGGCAGGAGGCGAGGCCGAGCCGAUCAGACGCACCCCUUCCAACUACAGCAUGCCCUCGCUGCCUCGGUACGAGCCGCACCUCAACCUCCGCACUACCACCACAUCCGCCUCCGCCCAUUCCAUCAACGCCAAUGGGACGCUGCCAGCCAGCGGCAGCAGCGGAUCACUAAGCUACGCCAAUGCCACUUCGUCCACGCCAUCGCCAGACAGAGCGAUGGAGAGGCGGAGUCUGGAGGAAGAUGGCACUGUUAUAACUCUAUAGACUGAGCAUUCACGCACUAAACACUGGAAACCAGACAGAGACAGACACUCAAAUACUUCCACACACACUCGGGGAGUCAUGGACCGGCAAAUCCAACACAGGGACAGUGACUGCACCUGAGAAGCACAACGAUGUGUGUACAUAUUAAAUCUUAACAUGACGCUGACACCUAAAUGUUUGUACAUGCUAACAUUUCUACAUCAAACACUGCACCCCAUACCUUGCUCCUCCUCAUGCCAAUUACCAUGCAUGUGUGCCAUAGUGGUGACCCCCCCCCCCUGAGUUCUGCAGGCACUAAACUUCCACUAGAGGGCAGAAAUGAGACGCUCUAUCUUCCCCCAUUCCUUCUCAUCAGUCCCAUAAAUAGAUGAAGGUAGACGUCCUGUGAACAAGUCACACCCCAUUAGAAACACACAGUGAAGCAGGAUUUUAGCUCAAGCAAGUGUUGACAAUCUGUGCUGUUUUUUUGUUUGUUUUUUUGCCUUGUCACCCCACAAACCCCUACCCCUGCACCACAGUACGACCACCUGCCUUCCACACUCCCCUUCCCCCAGGUGACCACAGCAUGCGAUUGGUAACAGUUGCGGUACUUCCCUCAGAAUUCAGUACCACAGCGUUAGACCAGAUGCUGAGAUCUGCAAUAAAACAGUAGUUUUUAUUCGAGGACAAACCACUUUAAAAACAAGUCUGGGCUCUUUGUGUCGGCUCAGAUGCUUUUAACCACUGUUUUUUAGCUGUGUUUCCUCUUUACCUGCUGUGUUAAUGACUGACUGAAAGGUUGAUGAUUUUUAAUAAUUCUUGGGAGCAACUUCUAUUUUGAAAAUCCCUUUACCAUUAGGCCUGAUAUUAUUUUUGUUUUUUUUCUUCUGUUUCUUUUAUAUACAAUUCUUGUAUCUCACAGGUGACUCCACGACCAUGUCUGACCAAGUUGCAAGUCACUUCCAUAAUAUUGCUCCUACCUGGGAAUGGGACAUCUUUUCAAAUUAAUAUCCUUCAUAUUGCACUCCCUCUCCUUUCCAUGACAAGGGCUAUUUCCCCUGCUGCAUGUGUACAAAUGAGAAAAUGUGAAUGUGAUUUAAUUUUUGUUGUUUGUUUGUUCCCUCCCUCCCUCUUCGUUCUUCCUGGACCACAACUCAAUAUAUCUAAUCACAGUGCUGUACAGUACACUCAUCUCUUUUGUUUUCUUGGCCAGGCCGUGAGUUCACUUGGAUGUGUCCUGAGACAUUCACAUAUGAAAAGUGUUCUCUCCAGUAUUUCUGCACCAUUUCACAGUUAAUGAGACACUAUUAGAAAAUGUAACUGAAUUCAGAAUAUGUUCUAACUAUUGACUUUGGGCCUAAAUGGCACAUCAAUAGCUGGACUGUAACACUAUUAGCAAAUACAACCACUGGGAUGAGUUGAAAUGAGGGGCACAUACAGUGACAACAGAGAAACUGCCUGUAUCUUAAAAUAAACCCCAGUCAGGUUGAGUCAUAUUGAAACAAACCCACAUGCAGACGCACUGGUUGCAACUGAUUCACUCUCUGUAUUUGUUAAAGGUGAGGCAGGUCUGCCCUUAUGUACAGCAUGUCUUGGUCCUGAGCUGCAUUUAGCAUUUCAAUUGGAGCUGUUGCUUACAUGAAAAGUUCCUAACAAGGCCGUAACGAACUUCCUCUGAUAGAUUCAACUAAAGUUUAAAAAAUCUUCAUAAUUCAUUGUUGUUUUUUUUCCUUCACAGCUGCAGUUGGAAACAAUUUUAAACAUUACCUACCUACCAAGUUAAUCUGAACUCACCAACAAAUUCUCAUUGUGCAGCUUUAAAUUGUAUUUGUGGGAUUAUUUAUUUUUGGCACUUAACUCCAAUUGAUUUGCUGAUGAAAUCACUCGGAAAUGUGUGUUCCACAGACGGAAGUAGUCCUGGCUCAGUUUUAGUUCCUGUUCUUGAAGUGGACCCAUAGAUAGCACUUAUUGGAAGUAAAAUAUCCAUUACCGUUACAUACUGCUGUUAACUGCCUCUCUGAAGUGAGAGCAGAUGGUCUAUUAUUUCUCUUAUUGAUUUUUAGCAUUUGCUUUCCUGUUAAAAGUGAUAACAUUGACCUAAGCUUGGUUUUUUUUUUCUCGCUCACUAAAACAUCAUGGACACACACACACACACACACACACACACACAGACUCUUUCAAUAAUGUUUAUUGGUUUCAUCUGAGCCAAUGUGCACUUGUACAUUCAUACGGAUCAGCAUCACACUAAUAUUUAUCAUGUUUUAGUUCUGUUUGUUGUUGAGUAUCUGAUGAGCAGCAUGAUCAGGCAGUGAAUAUCCAUGACUGGAAACCAACACACAUAUUGUGUCUAUUGUAUUUCAAGCUAACAUGUACAACGUACUGUCUAUUUUGGCCUUUUAUAUUACAGCAGGUGAUGGUGGGCUUCUGUCUUCUUUCAUUUCCCAACAUUAAACACAAUGAUGAGUGGUACUCUGAAUGGAAGAUUUUUAGAAAUCAAUGUUAAUUUAUUUUCUUUAUCUCUUUAACUUUACUACAGGACACUGGGAUUGUAACCACGGCAACAUUUUUAUUUAUUCUCUAAUCAUAUGUCUGUCUUUCUUUGUACACAUUUUAUGACUUUAUUUUUAUAACUGAUAUGUUUUGGUGUAUUCAUGAUUGUUGUUUUGGUCAUAAAUCUCAUGGUACAGUAGAUGUUAUUGCCCAUCAGUAGGUGACAGGAAAAUCUGUACAAGACGUGACACUAUAAUUAUUUUUUUCCAUACUGUGAAUAUCAUCGUUUUGUGGGAGAAAAACAGUUGUAUCAGCACAACCUCAGAACAGGCUACAUGUUUUGAGUCCGAUUAUUAUUUUUUUUUCCUUUUUAAGUGAUUGAGCAAUGAUUUUUGCUUGCCAGAUAAAUCCUAUGGUAUAGAUUUGUAAUGAAGAUUGUCAGUAUUUUCAUAUCGAUGCUAUAUAUGAUGUACAUUUUUAUCACAUUUAAUGAAAAAUGUUUUAAGAUUCAACUGGAGAUGUAUGAAUAAAUAGAUGUACACCUGUAAUUUCUGAUUGAAGGAGCUGGAUAAAAUAAACUAAUAUGUAGCAAUC